CAACGGAAGUGUGUUUUACCAACGCCGGGUGACGUAAAUAUAAACAAACCGUACAGUCCCGCUGCUUAAGACACGGACACCUCAUUAACUAACUCCUAAUUAACGAACACCUAAUUUACUCAUUUAUAUAUCAGACAAACACCACCAGUCAUGCUCUGACACGUUAGGAUGUUUUAGUUUAAUUCAGAGUGACGGACUGAGCGGAAUGGAAAGACCAAACAUAACGACAACUCGGCGGAGGGACCUGCCGGAGAAACCCCAGAGGACCCUGCCUGCGAUGCCGAGCCAGGACUCAGCCGUAGAUCUCCCAGUCCCCAAGACUAAGAAGAAACGAUCGAAGAAGGUUCCCAGUGGGGUGGACAAUGUGGAGGACCCCGGGGUGGAGAUGGAGCGGGUCCCCAGCCAGGGGGCCUCCCCUCUGGGGGACGCCGUCACCCCCGACCUGGGCAGUGACGGAGGGGCCACGCAGCGCAGGAGGAGGAAGAAGAAGACCCCCACCUUAGACCUUGCAGAGGACCAGGCUGAGCUGGUGAACGGCGACCGUCUGGACAACCUGACGGACGUGGAGACGGAGACGGUCAAGAAACCAAAGAGGAAGAGGAAGUCCAGGCAGGCAGAGCCCCUCCCCCCUGAACUGGAUGUGGAGGAGGAUGACAUCAUCAGUGACUCCCCCCCCUCCAUCCCCCAGCAUGCACUGUUCUCGGCGCCGCUGGGCCAGAGCCAGCCGGUGGGGAAGGUCUUCAUCGAGAGGCACAAGCGUUUCCAGGCGGCAGAUCGCUCCGGUGCUGUGCAGCGGUCCAGCGACCAGACCGAUGACCUCAUGGACCAGCAGCAGUACUGGACCACCAGGGACGUGGCCCUCAGGGUCCACGGGGGCUUCCGGGUGGUGGGUCUCUUCUCCCAUGGGUUCCUGGCGGGCUAUGCGGUCUGGAACAUGGUGGUGGUCUAUGUCCUGGCGGGGAAGCACCUGACGGGGUCCCUAGACCUGCUGGUCCAAUACCACGGCCUGGCCUAUCCCGCCCAGUCCCUCACCUACCUGCUGCUGGCCCUGAGCACUGUGGCCGCCUUCGACAGGGUGAACCUGGCGAAGGGCUCCUUGGCGCUGAGAGAGUUCCUGACCCUUGACCCCAUGGCGCUGGCCUCGUUCUUAUAUUUCUCGGCCCUGGUUCUGUCUCUCAGUCAGCAGAUGACCAGUGACCGGAUCAACCUCUACCAGUCCAACAGCAGCCUGUGGACACCAGGGAGGGAGGGCGAGGUGAUGCACCCCUGGGUGACGGUGAACCUGGUGGUGGCCGUGCUGGUCGGCCUGGCCUGGAUCUUCAUCUCCUCACAGCCAGAGACCGACUACACUGAGGGGUACCUGAUGUCCAUGGAGGUGGAACCAGAGUACAAGACGGAGAUGACAGCAUGAACACUCUCCUUGACCUACCUUUAAAGACCUUAAAUACCCUUUAUAGUCCUUUAAAGACCUUAACCUACCUUACCUUUUAGAUACCCUUUAUAGACCUUUAAUUACCUUUUAAAUACCCUCUAUAGACCUUUAAUUACCUUUAAAUAUCCUCUAUAGGCCUUUAACUACCUUUGCCUACCUUUUGAAGAACUUUUUCUACCCGUACCUUUUAGAUACCCUUUAACUACCUUUAUAGACCUUUAACAAUGUUUAUAGAUGCCAAUCAUGUAUAUUGUUUUGCACAUAGUUGAUAUUUUUUACAGUAUUUUGCCACCUUGUGUUUUGCUUUAGUUGAUAUUUUGCACAGAGUUGAUAUUUUUACAGUAUUUUGCCACCGUGUGUUUUGCUUUGUAGCCGAUUAUUUUAUAUUUUUAUCAAGAUGAAGAUAGAAAUGCUUUUCUUUUUUAAAUACAAACAGAACAAAAAACCCUCAA